AUGACCCGGGCUGGGGCCGGUGCUGUCGUGACCGUCCCAGCAGAGGGCUCGGAGCGUUGUGCCAGUGCUGCUUUUGUCCCUGUGCAGUACGGCCUGUAUUCGUCCUUCAUGGGCUGCUUUGUCUACUGCUUCCUGGGCACCGCCAAGGACGUGACGCUGGGUCCCACAGCCAUCAUGUCGCUGCUUGUCUCUUCUUACGCGUUCCACGAGCCUGUCUAUGCCAUCCUGCUUGCCUUCCUCUCCGGCUGCAUCCAGCUAGCCAUGGGGCUCCUGCACCUUGGUUUCCUCCUGGAUUUCAUUUCCUGCCCCGUCAUUAAAGGGUUUACAUCGGCCGCUUCCAUCACCAUUAGCUUCAACCAGAUCAAGAACAUCCUGGGGCUGCAGGGGAUCCCUCGGCAGUUUUUCCUGCAGGUGUAUGAGACGCUGCGGAGGAUUGGGGAGACCAGGGCUGGGGACGCCAUCCUGGGGCUGGCCUGCCUGGCUGCGCUGGCAGGGCUCCAGGCGAUGAAGAGCCGCCUGCCCCGAGCUGCCCAUGCGGAGCCGCUGGCUGCCAGGGUCAGCUACCUGAUCGUCUGGACCUCCGCCACGGCACGCAACGCCCUCGUGGUCCUGUUUGCUGGCCUGGUUGCUUACUCCUUCCAGGUGAUGGGCUCCCAGCCGCUCACACUCACCGGCAGCAUCCCCCAGGGCCUCCCUGCCUUCCGCCUGCCACGCUUCUCCAUGGCUGCACCCAAUGGCACCAUCCCCUUCAGGAGCAUCGUGGAGGACAUGGGGGUCGGGCUGGCCGUGGUCCCGCUCAUGGGCCUGCUGGAGACGGUUGCGAUUGCCAAGGCGUUUGCCUCGCAGAACGAUUACAGGAUUGACCCCAACCAGGAGCUGCUGGCUAUGGGCUUCGCCAACAUCCUGGGCUCCUUCGUCUCAUCGUAUCCCAUCACGGGCAGCUUUGGCCGGACAGCAGUGAAUGCGCAAUCGGGCGUCUGCACUCCCGCAGGAGGGCUUGUCACAGGCGCCCUGGUCCUGCUCUCGCUGGCGUACCUCACCUCGCUCUUCUACUACAUCCCCAAAGCGGCGCUGGCUGCUGUCAUCAUCUCGGCUGUGGUCCCCAUGUUUGACGCUGGGAUCUUCAGGACUCUCUGGCGGGUUAAGAGGCUGGACCUUGUGCCCCUCUGCGUGACGUUCCUGCUCUGCUUCUGGGAGGUCCAGUACGGCAUCGUGGCUGGGGUGCUGGUCUCAGGGAUUCUCCUCCUCUACUCCAUCGCCAGGCCCCCAAUAAAGGUGUCGGAGGGGGACGUGCUCCUCGUGCAGCUGGGGAGCAGCCUGCACUUCCCAGCCAUCGAAUGCCUCCGGGACACCGUGUGUAGCCGCGCCCUGGCAGCAUCUCCACCACGCUCCGUCAUCCUGGACUGUUGCCACAUCAGCAACAUCGAUUACACGGUGGUGGUGGGGCUGGCAGAGCUGCUGCAGGAGCUGCGCAAGCACGGCCUCUCGCUGGCCUUCUGCAGGCUGCAGGACCCUGUUCUCCAAGUCCUGCUGUCCGCAGACUUAGAGGGAUUCCAGCAUUUCCCCAGCCGGGAGGAGGCAGAGCGGUGUGGAGGAGUAGAGCCAGGAGGCGGCGGGGCAGCCCCCUUCACCAGCACCACUGAGAGCUUGCUGCUGCCCGCCGGGCUCAUCCAGUGA